AAGGUCCUAAUCCCUGCCUAUCCCACCCCCUUAACUCACAUGGACAGUAGCUGUGGUGCCUGUCACUUCUAGGGUCCUUCUGAGGAGGAGAGAGGAGUGGGCUGGAGGAGGGGUGAACAGAGCGCAGGAGACAGGGAAGGAGAACAGGGCCAGCAGGCAGGGCCUUCAAAGGCUCAGGUCAGAAGAAGGCACGGACCCCUAAGGUCAGCUAAGCCACGAACUGUGAGGAGCGGAGCAGUACAGAAAGGAGGGAGAAGCCGGGGCAGCGGGGAGCGAAAGACGAAACAGACGCAGACGCCACAGUAGCAAAGGGGCAGAAGAGAAAGAGAGGACUGGUUGAGGGGGGUCACUCUGUGGGGGUGCCGAGCCCCUGGACGCCUAUCCUAAGCUGGAGCGCCGGUCUGUGUGGGGGAGGGGCCCGCCUGAGAGCAGCUAUGAAGGAAAGGAGGUCGCCUGGGAGGGAGAGGAGGAGGGCAGCCUUGUGCGCGGUGGGGCUGACCAGGGGAACUGAGCCCAGGCCUGAGAGGGAACCAAGGAGGAGGGACAGGGUCUGAGGCCGCCUGCCCGGCUCACAAAUAUUUAGCUUUCAGCCAAAGACAAACUCAGCUCUAUUUUGGGAGUGGGAGGCUCCAGGGCGGACUGGGCCACUUCCCUUCCAGGCUGGGACCCUACCAUCCUUUGCCUCUGGAGCAGGAGAUGAAGGGAACUAGGGUACUAUGGGGGCUCGGGGUCGGGGGAAAUCCCUGACUCAACAAGCACAUCUGGGGAGCCCAAGGCCCCCAACUGGGAAGUGAGUGCUCACGGUCGCCCGGAACCCGAGUUCUCCGUGGUUCUGGGUCUCUGAUGCAGUUUCUGUCACCGUCUCUGUCCUGCUUUCUGGGUCUCUGCAGGAAUUGGGGUUUCUUGAGUCUUCCCUUGAAGGUCAACCUCCUGCUGUGGCUUUCAAUCUUCCUUCCUCUCUGGUUCUAGUGUCCUAACUCAGGUCUCAGGUUUUUGGCCAAACAAGAGGUCAACUUUCCCACCCUUUGGAGAGGUGUGUGUCAGAGGGAGCAGGAGCCCCCUGACACCUGCGUGCUUUGGCCUGUGUGCGUCAGGCACUGAGGAUGCCCCCACGUGGGUGGCUGGUGCGAGUACAGAUGUGUGUGUCUGGGAGCUGGACCAUCCGACCGCUCUUAGUUCAAGUGAGGAAUGGCAUCUGUGUGAAGCUGUGAGGUAGUGCAUUAAUGGCUGAGUUUGAGAGAACAGCACGCAAACCAAGGGGUGGACAUCAUGCUUCCUGGCACACUCUGCAUCCAGCCCAAGUGCCCAGGUGCUACACUCUAUGCUCAGCCUCAGUGGGGGCACACUGUCAUCCUGGCUCUUUCCCUGUUAGACUCUAUUGAGCCAUCACUGAAAACACUGGUCUUGAGGAAGCUGAAAGAAUAAGGAGGAGGCGCACUAUGGCUCCAGUCCCUUGGCCAUGCUGACAGCAGCGUGCAGCAAGUUUGGUGGCUCCAGCCCUCUGCGGGACUCAACAACGCUGGGCAAAACAGGCACAAAGAAGCCAUACUCUGACCUUUCAGCUCCCAAAACCAUGGGGGACGCCUACCCAGCCCCCUUUUCAAGCACCAAUGGGCUCCUCUCACCUGCAGGCAGUCCUCCAGCGCCCACUUCCGGCUAUGCCAAUGACUAUCCGCCGUUUUCCCACUCUUUCCCUGGGCCCACGAGCACCCAGGACCCUGGGCUCCUAGUGCCCAAGGGGCACAGCUCUUCCGACUGCCUGCCCAGCGUCUACACCUCUCUGGACAUGGCACACCCCUACGGCUCAUGGUACAAGGCGGGCAUCCAUGCAGGCAUCUCACCAGGCCCAGGCAACACCCCUAGUCCUUGGUGGGAUAUGCACCCUGGGGGCAACUGGCUAGGCGGAGGGCAGGGCCAGGGUGAUGGGCUGCAAGGGACACUGCCAACAGGCCCUGCUCAGCCUCCACUGAACCCCCAGCUGCCUACCUACCCAACUGACUUUGCUCCCCUUAACCCGGCCCCCUACCCAGCCCCCCACCUCCUGCAACCAGGGCCCCAGCACGUCCUGCCCCAAGAUGUCUAUAAGCCCAAGGCAGUUGGCAAUAGUGGGCAGCUGGAGGGGAGUGGGGGAGCCAAGCCCCCCCGGGGUGCAGGGACAGGAGGUAGCGGUGGCUAUGCGGGCAGCGGGGCAGGGCGCUCCUCUUGUGACUGCCCCAACUGCCAGGAGCUGGAGCGCCUGGGGGCAGCGGCAGCCGGGUUACGGAAGAAGCCUAUCCACAGCUGCCACAUCCCUGGCUGUGGCAAGGUGUACGGCAAGGCCUCGCACCUGAAGGCCCACUUGCGCUGGCACACGGGCGAGAGGCCCUUCGUCUGCAACUGGCUCUUCUGUGGGAAGAGGUUCACCCGCUCCGACGAGCUGGAGCGGCACGUGCGCACUCACACCCGGGAGAAGAAGUUCACCUGCCUGCUCUGCUCCAAGCGCUUUACCAGAAGUGACCACCUGAGCAAACACCAGCGCACCCACGGAGAGCCAGGCCCGGGGCCCCCUGCCAGUGGCCCCAAGGAGCUGGGGGAGGGUCGCAGUGUGGGGGAAGAGGAGGCCAGUCAGACACCGCGACCUUCAGCCUCUCCAGCACCCCCAGAGAAAGCCCCCGGGGGCAGCCCAGAGCAAAGCAACCUGCUGGAGAUCUGAGCUGGGUGCGGGGUCUCCAGCCGGGGCCCUCUCGCCAGCCUCUCUGGUCUGUGCACCACUGCUUGCCCUCACUCCCUUCCCCACGCGUGCUGUGCUGUGGGGCUCUCUCCCCUUCUCUGAGCAUUCUGUCUCUUCAGCUCACUUCCUCCAUGCGCCCGGAGCCCUCACAAGGCCCUCACCUUGUGUCUGACUCCCGACCUCUGGCCUCCUAAGCUCUCCUCUGACCCCUGCUCACAGCUUCUGUCGCAGGCCUUGCCAUACCAAAUCACUUUUCUUCCACCCGGAUUCCCAGAACUAUUUCUGCCUCUCACCAACUCUGUCACAUCCUUUCUGCUGCCCAAGCUUAAUUAGUGUUACCCCCUCGUCCAGCUUCAUCUUCCCCACUUCUUACCCCUCUGCUUUCCGUGCUCCAGAGCUUUCUUCCUGUUCCACAAACACAGUGAUGAUAGUGAUUAUUUAUUGCCCCCUGGUGGCCUCUUCAUUAGGGACCAGAGUUAGGGGGGUUGGGGUUAGUGACCUGGCUGGGAGCAAGGGGCCAAGCGGGGGGCAGACCAGUCAGGAUCUGAUCCCCAAGGUGGGGUGACCCCAGGGUCAGGGAGGCUGCCCCUGGGCCUGUACAGUUAACCCCUGUGCACCAGGAGUCAUGAAUAAUAAUAAUAAUAAUAAUAAUUCUAUUUAUCUAAGUUAUGAUGACGGGUCAGGUAGAGUGAGCUAGGGAGGGAAGGGGAUCCAUUUCUGCUAUGGAAAUUCUAGCCAAAUGCAUCUCUGUGUAGACAAAGCGAUAGCAGAGAUCUUCUCAACAGAAUUUCCAUCAUCAGGGUUUUGGUUAGUGGGGUUUCUUCUUCAACGGAGUUCUUACAAAUUGGUUUGGUUAGCUAGAUCUCUGUAAGAGAGUGGAUGUGGGUAUCUCUCAAUGAGGAGAUGCCUAAUAUCCCCAGCCCCAGCCAGAAGCUGUGAAACCUCAAGUCCUAUGGAGGGGAGGACUGGAGUGUACCCCAGCUCCCUUGACCCCAGAGCAGGUUCUUCCACUGCCGGCCUCAGACAUCAUGACCUCAUCAGGUUAAUACCCUGUUGCCAUGGUUACGGCGAGCUUGCAGCCGCCAUCUUAAACAGGCUCUUUGGGGAGCCCAUCUAACAGGAGGACGUUGGUUUGGAGGUGCCUCUCCUGGAGAAUGGGUGGGGAAGACUUUCUCUGGGACCAGAUUCAAAUAAAUGAAGUAUUUAUUGAGUGCCUACUUUCUGCAAGGCACUGUAUUAGGCCUGGUGCCUAGAAGCCAUGAGAAAGAAUUUACAGAGCUAAGAAGACAGAGGUCCCCAAACAGAUUUGGGGGUGCAUCCACAGCCCCCCCCCCACAACCUGGGACUUCCAACUCCACCUCCAAUGACUUUUAAAGCCGCUUGUGCCUUUGAAUGCCUUUCCUGAGACUGGAUCCUCCUUUUUUACCCACUGCUCCCUCAGGGCCCCAGGUUAAAGGGCAAAGCCGCUGGAGCUUGGGGCGAGGGUAACAUUAAGGAGGGGAAAGAAUCAUCCCCUCGUGGUCUUUUUUUUUAAAUUUUUAAUUUAAUAAAUAAAAGGUCGAUUUGAAA